GGACUGCACCUGCACAGACAAAACCCUAUCCCUAAAAACCCUAAUCCUGAAGCACUGUAACUGUAAUGGCAAGAGCCAUUUCCUCAUCCUGUGCACGGUUCACCAUGCGUCUUCUCUCCACCAGCACCUUCACCGCUACAUUACCCAAACACUCAUCACUUUCACUCCCUUCGCGUCGUUUCCUUUUCCCUCUCUCCCAUGCCAUCGUCCCUCCCUCCACUCGCGUUGCCGGGAUCCGCUGCCGUGUCAACAAAGCUGGCGACUCCGCCUACUCGCCUCUCAACUCCGGAUCUUCGUCCUUCAGCGACCGCCCUCCCACCGAGAUGGCGCCCCUUUUCCCCGGCUGCGACUACAACCACUGGCUCAUUGUGAUGGACAAGCCUGGUGGUGAGGGCGCCACCAAGCAGCAGAUGAUUGAUUGCUACAUCCAAACCCUUGCCAAAGUUUUAGACAGCGAAGAAGAAGCUAAGAAGAAGAUUUACAAUGUUUCCUGCUCGAGGUACUUUGGUUUCGGCUGUGAGAUUGACGAGGAAACCUCUAAUAAGUUAGAAGGGUUGCCUGGAGUUUUGUUUGUGCUGCCGGAUUCGUAUGUCGAUCCGGAAAACAAGGACUAUGGCGCUGAAUUAUUUGUAAAUGGAGAGAUCGUCCAGAGGUCACCUGAAAGGCAGAGAAGAGUGGAACCACAGCCACAAAGGCAUCAAGACAGACCAAGAUACAAUGAUAGAACAAGGUAUGUCCGCCGCAGAGAGAACACGCAGUGAAAGACCAAUUUGUGAUAGGGAGAAUGUAAUAUGUAUAUAAACCAUGGAAGUACUGUAACAUGCACUGUUUCAGUCUUGCCUUUGGAGACAUUCUAUAUUAUAUUUCUGGUGUCACUGACGAUGUUAGUGCGGAGCUUGGUGUAUUAGACUUAUUUUGUUACAACUUUUACUGUAAACGGAUCUUGAACUC